AUGCCCUCGCUAUCCGUCGUCCGAGCGGCGAACGCAAAGUGGUCCCCCUCGAAACCACCCACCACCGUCUUUCUUGGCGGGACGUCUGGCAUCGGCCAGGCCCUCGCGCGCGCGCUCGCUCGCUACACGGACGGCAACGCGCAUAUCGUCCUCUGCGGGCGCAGCCGCGCCACGGCCGACACCACGCUCGCGUCUCUCCCCCGGGGCCCCCACGCAAAGCACGCCUUCGAGCCCUGCGACGCCUCGCUCAUGCGCGGCGCGGCAGCCACGACAGCCACGCUCCGCGCCCGCCUGCCGAAGCUCAACGUGCUCGUGCUCUCCCCCGGCUUCUUCUCGCUCCGCGGGCGCGACCCCUCGUCUGAGGGCAUCGACCGCCGCCUGGCGCUGUUCUACUAUGCGCGCUGGAAGUUCGUGCACGACCUGCUCCCGCUGCUCCGUGCGGCGCGCGACGCGGGCGAGGAUGCGCGCGUCAUGUCCGUGCUCGCGCCGGGGACGGGCGGCCGGAUCGACCUCGACGACCUCGGGCUCAAGCAGCGGUACAACAUCGCGCGUGCGUAUCGCGCCGUGCCGACGUACAAUGACCUGAUGAUCGAGGCGUUCGCAGAGCGCGAGCCCGGCAUCGCGUUCACGCAUGCAUUCCCCGGGAUCGUGCGUACGCCGAUGAUGGGCCGGCUCUUCCAGACGUUGCUGUACCCGAUUGCGACCGCGCCCGACGUGUGUGCCGAGCACCUCUUGUACGCGCUGCUCGCAGCGGACCCGGGCGCGUCUCGGUGGGACAACAAGGGUAACAACAUGGGGAAGACGCGGUACUACGGCUCGGAUGAAGCAAGGCAGCGGCUUUGGGAGCAUACGGAGCAGGAGAUUGACAGGGCGAUGAAGGUCGAGGCAUAG